AUGUGGUUAUCACGGAAAUGUGGUCCGUCUUCGUUCGAAAUCGUCGAGAAAGUUGAAGUUGGUAAAAUGGCGUCAAUGUUUGUUGGCCGGAUAGGAGUAAUAUUCUGCUAUUUAUCACUAUGUAUCUACCUCUUUGGUGAUCUCACUAUAUACACGACGACAGUUCCCAAAUCUCUAAUGAAUGUCAUAUGUGCUCCUAUAAAUGUUUCUCAUGUAAUGCCUACGGAUCCAUGUCGAGAAAGCUGGCCCCAUUGGUUACAUCGUUUUACAGUAUAUCGAUUUUGUGUACUACUCUUUGUUAUGGUCUGCACACCGAUGGUCAUCAUUGGCAUAACAAAAACGAAAUACUUGCAGCUAGCCACAUCAAUAUGCAGGUGGACUGCUUUCAUCUUGAUGAUAUGCUUGGCUGCAGCACAAAUUAUUACCAACGGUCCUGCGACAACACCUCCAGCUGCUAAUAUUCAUGGAUUUGGUUCACUGUUUGGUGUUGCAGUGUAUGCCUUUAUGUGCCAUCAUAGUAUUCCAGCCAUAAUUACUCCAAUGAGAUCAAAAACUGGUUUAUUCUUCAAAUUGUCCGGUGUAUAUCUUGUCGUUUUGUCAUUUUACUUCACGCUUUCCAUAACUGGAUCUUUCGCUUUCACUCACGUGCAGGUAACCAUAAUCAAAGUUUCUGUCGCUAGUCAGUUG